AUGGAGCCUUGCAACGAGCGUUUGAGCAGCAACACACCGCCGUUCGAGGGCGAGUUCUACUUUGGCCAGCUGGUCCUAAGCCUGCCGGCCGUCCUCGACUUGCAAAUGAACAUCCUCAGCGACGGCCAGAUCGAGCUCAACGCGACGGGCAACUGA